AUGUCCUCUCCAGAGAUCGCCUCGCUCUCCUGGGGCCACAUGAAGGUGAAGGGAUGCUCCUCCACCUACAAGGACUGUAAGGUCUGGCCUGGAGGGAGCCGAGCCUGGGACUGGAGAGAGACUGGGACUGACGUAAGUGAAACCAGAAUCCAAAUGAGGACGGACUGCUGUAAAUUAGCUCUGAGGCAAAUUUGUGAUGUUGAGCUUUAUGCUCCUCAGCAUUACCCUGGAGUGCAACCUGCUGACCUAGAUGAGGUGCUGAAGAAGGGAAUCGACCUGCUGGUAAUUGGCAGAGGCAUGAGCGAGGCUCUGCAGGUUCCUUCCUCCACCCUGGACUUUGUGAAGCAGAAAGGCGUUGAUGUAAAAGUCUUCCAGACGGAGAAGGCUGUCGCUGAAUACAACAAACUGGCCGGCCAGGGUGCAAAGGUGGGCGGGGUUUUCCACUCCACCUGCUGAUGUCACCCUUACCUUGCUGACAUGGCCACCUGAGGAGGACUCUACAAGCUUUUUCACUGUAGAGAGAAUAUCCCACUGUGGUGCUGAAGCUUUGAGUUCACUGUGAAGAUGCAAACAAGCUGCCGACUAAAUUUUAGUCUCACUUGCAUUUGUGACUUCCUGAUUAUGAAAACACAAUAAUGGGCAUAGACUGAUAGACUCUCCUGCUUUCUGUUGUGCUACAGGGCUCAUUAGUUUUCCAUGCUUUGCACAUUAGAGAGCACUCUUUCCUUUACAGCCGUGUGCUUCCUGCCUGCCUUAAAAGCCCAAACUCAUCUGCUGAUGAAUUCAGCACAAAAGAAGCCUUCAAACAACAAGAGCCACCGAUAACAGUUGAAACAGAGUUUCUGUAGGUAAACGUGUGGAACGAUUGUUGAUCUUUGCCUGCAGCUGUUUCAUGGCUUAGUCUCUGUCCACAGGCUCAGCAGGAGCCAAUCACAGCACAGAAACUAGGUCCAUUCACACCUGUGGCCAUUUUAAAAUCAGGUGGAGAGACCCGCACAGAGAGAACAUCCAAACUGUGGUUAACACAGAGUCAAAUCUUUAAGUAAAUAAACAUCUUAAACAAGAGAAUUCACAAAUCGAGUCACCUUCUCUCUGAGAAAAGUUAUUUUAAAGGUGGUGGCAGAAAAGAAUGUAGAGCAUCUUAGAAAGCUCUUCUAGAGUUGACUUUAGAUGCAGUCACAUGUUAUAAAAGCUGAAAUGUAUGGAUGUUACCUGCUGUCUAAACAGGGAGGAGUUCAGUUUGAUUCAUCAUGUGACAAAAUAAAAGUGGAGAAUGAAACUUGA